CUGACCUCGUGAUCCGCCUGCCUCGGCCUCCCAAAGUGCUGGGAUUACAGGUGUGAGCCACCGCGCCCAGCCCAUUUAAAAAUUAAAAAAAAAAUUUUUAAAUUUUUUGUGGAGACGGGAUCUCACUAUGUUGACCAGGCUAGUAUUGAAUUCCUUGCUUGAGGUGAUCCUCCCGCCUCGGCCUCCCAAAACACUGGGAUUACAGUGUGCCAAUACGCCCAGCCUUCUUCACUUUUCCUCCUGCUUUCUCCCACCUCUCUCCCACACCUUUCAGCUUCCUGAUAGUUGAGCACACUCUAACCAUGGGCCCAUGGCCAUGGAGAUGAAGGCUUGGGGUUGGGGGUGCCCGCAGAGAGGUGGUGGGUUCGGGGGAGUUUUCAGGGUGCGUUGGGAGGGAACCUCUAUGUGUGCCGAACCCCUGCUGGGCCCCGUGAUGUACGUCAUCCAGGGCUGAUGAAGACACAUGUCCCUGAUGGCGAGGCAGGACCUAGGAGAUGGGAAAAGUGAGCACCAAUAGGGAAUCCAGGUAGGCUAAGGGUCCUGUGAGUGAGCCCCACAGCAAAUACGCCAGGCAGGAGGGUCUGGGAGAGCCAGGCCUUGCUCCAGUGCUUUGGGAUAGUACAUUUGCCAUUCAGAGCAUCCCCAAAGAUGAGACAGCAUUACCUUCCCCAGAGUCCCACAGUCUAUGUGGACCACUCCUAGCCCAGGCUUUCUCCACAACACCUGAGCCAGCAGGGAGAGCCAAGUCACUGCAGGGGGGAGAACAUCAGUGACUGGUUGGGAAACAGGAACCGACUCCAGCUGGCUCCCAUCCCCAGCCUGGGCAGCUAGGGUCCAGUGGGGUCCAAUCAUAGUGGUAGUGGUUGGGCCUGAGGGGAAGCAACCUUGGCUCUCAGGACUGGUUUGCAUGGAGCAGAGGGUAAUUUGCAUCUUUGAGAAGUUGCAGCUGUGGGAAGGGAGGGGGAGCUGGGAAGCUUUAUCCAGGCCUUCAGUCUCCUGCUUCCUUCUGGGUGAGGGAGAGGCGGGGAGCACACCCUGCUGCUAGCCAGCCCCUACUUUACUUCAUGUAAGGAGCACAGCUGGGUCCCAGAGCCACUGGCUUGAGAUUCAGGCUCUGUCUUGUGUAGAACAUGCGGUUUCAGAGCACAGAAGCCUCCACAUACCUGCACAUGCACACAGCCAUUCACAAGCAUGUAAUCCAGCAUACCUGUGCAGUUCUGUGCACUGUUCACAUGGGGACAUAGGCACAUGCAAUACAUGUGCAUCCACAUACUGACACCCAGGUGUGCAGUCAUUACCGUCACCUUAGUUCAUACGCAGACACAUCACACCCACAGGGUCACAUAAUCUUACACCAACCACAUAGAAGCUCACACAUUCACACAUGGACACAUUCACACUGUAUAGUCAUUUUAAAACUGUUUUUCCGUAAGUCAGGCAUAGUUUACAUUCUUUCUAUUCCAUCUUCACAACCUCCAGAAGUAAGAAUUAAUUUUUCCUUGUUAUUGAAGUAUAAUUUAUAUACAGUAAAGAACACAACUUACAGGCUCAGCUUGAUGACUUCUCCCCUAUGCAUGCCCUGCAUAACCAUUGCCCAGGUCAAGAUCUAGAGCAUGCCCAGAGCCCCAGCAGCUCCUGAGUGUGCCCUCCUGGUCAACAGCUCACGCAAGCGGAGCUGUUAUUCUGAUAAGGUAAGUGCCAUGGUUAUUCUCAUUUAUUAGGUUAGAAAAACUGAUGCUCAGCCCCGCAGUCACCCACUAAGUACUUGGCCAGCCUGAAGCUCUCUAACUCCAGACCACUACAUAACAUAAAUAUCCAGUAACAUACGUGUGUACAUCUCACAGUAAUAGAGGGCCAUGAUCACAAAGGCUUGGAAAAGCAGCUUUUGUUUUUUCUACAAAGAAAGCAGCAGAGAAAAUUUAAGCUUUGUAGAGUGUUGCGAACCUUGGAAUCAAAACACAGGUUGCAUUCUGUGAUAUGAAACAGCACAUCACAAAGCAUUUUCACACAAGGCUUGUUUCUAGUUUUUAGAGCGAGAUAUUCGAUUUUUCCUUAUAGGCCUCACUCCUGAGCAAAGAUGACUUGCUAGUUCCUCUCUAAGCAGAUUUUCUUUUAGAAUUCAUAGCUACUUUUGAGUAUUUGACAAUGAAUAGACACCUAACAGCAGCACAUAUUUUGUCAACCAUGCCCUUCUGAGGGUGCGUAUUGGUUCAUAAAGGAUCAGCAAGGUCUAUGAGCUCAGGGUUGCAGCUCCCGUCCUGGGGCAGCGGGUACAGGACACGACAGGCACACAGAGCACAGUGUGUCUACGGGGAUGGGUUGUGCGUUCAAGGAUGCUUCUGCACUAGAAGAAGCCACUCAAGCAUUUUCAUUGUGCCCUUCACCUGUGGUAACACUAUUGGUGAAGGUUGAUACUCAUUUAUUUGUUCUGUUAAUAAACACAUAUUGUGGACUUAACCUACCUUGUGCCCAGCAGUGCCCUAGGUGCUGGGGAUACAGCAGUGAAGCAGACAAAAACAAAAAUCCCUACAGCAUGGGCUGAUGUUCAGUAAAACAUAUGGUAAAUCAGGUGAUGAAAGAUGAUAGGAAGAAACAAGAGAAGAUAAGAAAAGGGGAGUUGGGAGUGCAACUUUAAUCAUUUAUUUUACCUUUUUAAAAAAUAGAGUCGGGGCUGGUCGUGGUGGCUCACGCCUGUAAUCCCAGGACUUUGGGAGGCCGAGGUGGGCAGAUCAUUUGAGGUCAAGACGUCGAGACCAGCCUGGCCAACAUGGUGAAACCCCGUCUUUACUAAAAAUACAAAAAUCAGCUCAUCAUGAUGGCACGUGCCUGUAAUUGCAGCUACUCAGGAGGCUGAGGCAGGAGAAUCGCUUGAACCCGGGAGGCGGAGAUUGCAGUGAGCCGAGAUCGCACCACUGCACUCCAGCCUGGGCAUUAGAAUGAGACUCCAUCUCAAAAAAUAAUAAAAUUAAAAAAAUAAAAACAGAGUUGGGGUCUCACUAUGUUGGCCAGAUUGCUCUUGAACUCUUGGCCUCAAGCAAUCCUCCCACCUCGGCUUCCCAAAGUGCUGAGAUUACAGGAGUGAGCCACCACAUCUGGCUGGGAGUGCAGCUUUAAAUGAGAGGUCAGGGAGGUCCUCACUGAGAAGGUGAUGUUUGAGGUGGUGUGUGAAGCAGCCGAGGGUAGUGAUCAUCGUGGAUAUCUGGGAGAAGAGCAUUUCAGCAAGAAGAACAGCCAAAACAAAGCAAAAAAGCAGGUGUCCAUUGUAUUCAGAUGCCAACUAUGGAUUUUGUACAGAUUCUGGCACCUGUCCUGCCUUUAGUGCUGUGUGACUUCGAAGGAGCCACUCACCCUCUCUGGGCCAUCUCUUCACCCACAUGAUAUGAGGUUUAGAUAAAGAGCUGCCCUGUCCACCUGAGCCCUCUCUGUCCUCGCAGGCCUGUCCUUACCAGCGGGGGAGCCUCCGUAGCCAUCCCUCCCCAGAGGUGGGGAGCCACAGACCACCUCUGGUCACAGGGCCUGACAGUUCCACAGCAAUGCCUCUGGCCUGGUCACCCUCACCCCAGGGCCGCCACAGCAUCAGUCCAGGGCUCUAACCCAAGGAUGGCAAUAGGGGAAACUCUGGCAUGGUUUAUGGACAUUUAGCAUUUUCUUUUUUCUUUUCUUUUUUUUUUUUUUUAGCUGGAGUCUUGCUCUGUCGCCCAGGCUGGAGUGCAGUGGCGUGAUCUCAGCUCACUGCAACCUCCGCCUCCUGGGUUCAAGUGAUUCUCCUGCCUCAGUCUCCCAAGUAGCUGGGAUUACAGGCAUGCACCACCACACUCAGCUAAUUUUUAGUAUUUUUAGCGUUUUGCCAUGUUGGCCAGGCUGGUCUUGAACUUCUGACCUCAGGUGAUCCACCUGCCUCGGCCUGCCAAAGUGCUGGGAUUACAGGUGUGAGCCACCACACCUGGCCAAGCAUUUUCAAAUAUUGGCUGUGUGUACUUGGGAGGAUAAGUAACAUUACUGGAGAUCUGAUUGUGCCUCAUAUGUUCACUCCGUGCUCACAUGUGCCUCACAUGUUCAUCUGCAAAUUUAUUUUUGAGGGGAAUAGUGGAUGAGAGCUGAGUCUGGGGUCCCUCCACCCUUCCUGGACACUCAAGUGGGAGGCCUGGGUCAUCUCUGGAGGACCUCUCUCCUAAGUACUCCCGACCUCCUCUCAGGGUUGGCUCCAUAUCUCAGCCACUUCCCUUCCCUUUGUUCACUUUGCUUCUCAGAAGCCUCCCUUAAGGAGAAAUAGUCACCUAAGACCAUCUUAGCAAAGGAGAGGGCAAAGAAGGAGACACUGACAGACCCUCUUUUUUUUUUUUUUGAGACGGAGUCUCGCUCUGUCACCCAGGCUGGAGUGCAGUGGCGCUAUCUCGACUCACUGCCAGCUCCGCCUCCCAGGUUCGUGCCAUUCUCCUGCCUUAGCCUCCCGAGUAGCUGGGACUACAGGCACCCGCCAACAUGCCCAGCUUUUUGUAUUUUUAGUAGAGGCGGAGUUUCCCCGUGUUAGCCAGGAUGGUCUCGAUCUCCUGACCUCAUGAUCUACCUGCCUCGGCCUCCCAAAGUGCUGGGAUUACAGGCGUGAGCCACUGCGCCCGACCUAACAGACCCUCUUGAGUCACAGGAAUUGCAUUCAGCUGCAAGUAGCAUGGUCCUGAGCAAGAGUGGCUUAGACAAGAUAGGGAUUUAUUUUUCCCUCAUUAGAUGUGAAGUCUGAGGGUAUGUACAGGGCUGGCUUCCAUCCUUAAGACAGCUACUGCAGCUCUAGACAUCACAUCCCCAUUCCAGACACAGAAGAAAGACUGAAUCAGCCCCCUUUAUAAAGAACUGUCUUAGAAUCCCCACCUGAUGACUUCACGUAUAUCCUAUGGGCCAGAACUUGGCUACUUGUUCCUUCCGUCUACAAGAAAUGCUGUCAUUAUUAUAUCCAUAAAAGGAGGCUGGGUGUGGUGGCUGACACCUGUAAUCCUAGCAUUUAGGAGGCUGAGGAGGAAGGAUUACUGGAAUCCAGGAGUUUGAGACCAGCCUGGGCAACAUAGCAAGACCUCAUCCCUAAUAAAAAUUUAAAAAUUAGCUGGAUGGGAUGACAUACGCUUGUAGUACCAGCUACUCAGGAGGCUGAGGCAGGAGGCUCACUGGAGCCCAGGAGUUAGAGGCUGCAGUGAGCCAUGAUGGUGCCACUGCCCUCCAGCCUGGGUAAUGGAGCAAGACCCCAUUUCUAAAAAAAUAAAUAAUUUUUAAAAAUAGAAGAAAACAGAUACUGGGGAGGCAACUAGCACUCUCUUUCCUAUACAUGCCCUGUACUCUUCCAUCUCUAAUCUUAAAAACUGCAUGCUGGACAAAUGCCAGGAAGAGGAAACUGUUGAGAAAACGAAACUACUGGGGGAAAGGGAGGGCCCACUGAGAACCACCCUAGUAACCCGACCACCACUGGUCUUCGCUGGACACCAUGAACCACAUUGUCCAAACCUUCUUCUCUCCCAUCAACAGCGGCCAUCCCCCCAACUAUGAUGCUCAAGGAGGAGCACGAGGUGGCUGUGCUGAGGGCGCCCCACAGCCCUGCUCCCCCGACGUCCACCAUGAUCCACAGCCGCAGCGAGACCUCCGUGCCCAACCAUGUCGUCUGGUCCCUGUUCAACACCCUCUUCAUGAACCCCUGCUGCCUGGGCUUCAUAGCAUUUGCUUACUCCCUGAAGUCUAGGGACAGGAAGAUGGUUGGCGACCUGACUGGGGCCCAGGCCUAUGCCUCUACCACCAAGUGCCUGAACAUCUGAGCCCUGAUUGUGGACAUCCUCAUGACCAUUCUGCUCAUCGUCAUCCCAGUGUUGAUCUUCCAAGCCUAUCGAUAGAUCAGGAGGCAUCAUCCAGGCAAGGAGUUCUGCCCAUGACCUGAAUCCCACGUACUCCACCUUCCAUUCCUCGCCUUGCCCCCAGAGCUCAGUCCUGUAUCAGCCCUUUAUCCUCACGCACUUUUCUACAAUGGUAUUCAAUAAAGUGCACGUGUUUCUGGUGGAAAAAAAAACAAAAACUGCAUGCUGGCCGGGCGCAGUGGCUCAUGCCUGUAAUCCCAGCACUUUGGGAGGCUGAGGUGGGUGGAUCACCUGAGGUUGGGAGUUCACAUCCAGCCUGACCAACAUGGAGAAACCCCGUCUCUACUAAAAAUACAAAAUUAGCCGGGCAUGGUGGUGCAUGCCUGUAAUCCCAGCUACUCCGGAGGAUGAGGUAGAAUAGCUUGAACCUGGGAGGCGGAGGUUGCAAUGAGCUGAGAUUGCGCCAUUGCACCCCUUUAUAAGGAACUGGCGACAGAGCCUGGGCAACAGAGCAAGACUCCGUCUCAAAAAAACAAGCAAAAAUAAAACUCAUGCUGUUUUCUCCACCUCUGGGGCCCUCUACCCUCACCCCACCCAAGCUAGGUAAGGAGCCUGCAGCUCAUUAUCUAACCUGCUGGGGUUGCCAGUAACAGAAACUCCCCAGGGUUGCUGAGGUGAAAGGAGGAGGUUGGAGAACUCAGAACACCAACCUAUGGUAUCCAUCAGAGGGGGUUGGAGGGGCGGGGCCUUGCCACGCCCCCACCCUCUCUAUUCAGCAGGGACCGGAAGCAGGUGUGGAUUCUCUAGGAAGCUGAUUUGAGGGGCAGUGCUGCCCACAGCUGGAGACAACAGUGAACUAGCCAGGCCCAGUCCCUGCCCCCAAGGUGCUGACAUUCUGAUGGGGGGAGAGACAGGCAUCGCACAGACCAAACCUAAAGAUCGUUUCAGGCUCUUGGUGCCAAGAUGAACAGCUUAGCAUGAGAGAGAAAGCAGGUGGCUAGGGAGCACCAGGUGCGCAGUCAGCAGCACUCGGGAAAUGUGUACUGAAGGUAGCUCUCAGGAAAGGGGCCCGGAAACCCAGGGCUGUAGACCCUCAAGGGGCAGGGGAGGACCCCUCAGAUCACAGCUCAGAUGGAACACUCCAGAUGUCAGGGACUAAGGCCCUCAGCCUGGGACCUGGCCCAAGCCUGGAAAAGGGAGGAGAGAUCCCAGGGUGUGGGGGAGUCCUGCCCUAGUACCGGGAUUGCUCAGAGGAGCUGCUGGGUCCAGAGACCCAGCAAAUGCCAAGGGUCCAGGACUGUGGCCCCCUACACAGUUUUCCCUAGUGGGCUGGGCCCUGGGUGUGCAGUUGAGUGGUAAACUCCAAGAUCUACUGGGGAAGGCAGGCAGGGCCCCGCGCACCCCAACAUACCGUGCCUGGGACAGGUCCUCCUGGCAGCUGUCUGGGUUUGGAGGGAAACCAGCCCUAAACCCAAACUGAUUAUGUGGGACGAGCAGCCCUUUCACCACCAGGGCACAGCCGCUAUGCCCUGAGCAUCCUUCUUGGUGGAGAAAGAUGCCCAGGGUGCUGAGGAAGGAAGUACACUUGUCGGCUUCCCGAAUUCUCUCCUUCUGCAAGUCCUGCAGCUCCCGACCUUGUCUCUGGACACAGUACCUCUGAGGCCCUUAAGAAGAUGGAAUGAACUCAGUGUUGAAGGUGUUGAUGCUGUUAUUAUGUAUUAAUGCCUCACCUGCACAGGCCAUGCGUGUUCUCAGGCAGGAGCUCCCUGGAGCUUCACACGGACAGUCUAUAGAGAAUGUUCAUCGCCAUCUGACCCUUGAGAAGACUGAGACUCAGAGACAGGAGGUAACUUGCUCAACCCCCUGUCCCUGCCCCGGGAAAGGGGCUGUGGCUGCGGGGGUUGGGGUUGGAUCCUGCAGCCAAGGGUCAUCGAUGUCGGUUGAGGACUUUGUCCUGUGGCAGCAGUGAGUGCUGUGGGGGUAUCCUAUACAUCCCCAUGAUAAAAACCAGCAGCCCUCUCUCACACCCUCACAUCCGUCCCUGGACUACUGUCUAUCCUUCUAAGAGUGUGCGCAAAUGCAAUCUCCACUUUUCUCUCAUCUGUCCAGAAGCAGUAGUAUAUUAUCCCCCAUUUACAGUACAGGAAACUGAGUGCCAAGGAGGUUGAGACCCUGCUCCAGGUUUCAGGGUGUCUGGGCUAGGUCCUCUGCCCCAGACCUGCCCUUUGCCCCCAGCACCCACGUAUGGCAGUGCUGAGAGGUGGGUAGGACAUAGGCUCUAAUGUCACUUAUACCUGGCCUGAGUUCAUACCUGCUGGCCAGAUAUGAACUUGGGCAGUUUGCUGAUCUGCUGGGCCUCAGUGUUCUUACCCAUGAAAUGGAGCUACUUCCUGCUUCACAGGGUCACACUAUGCUGGACUCAGGCUCACUGAAGCCCCUGCCCUCCUCUGGGGACCAAGCAACAGCUCGGGGGCGGGGGGGGCAGCUCCGCACUGUGCCUGGUGCCCCCUUCCCUGUCCUGGCCCUGUGCCAGCUAGGCCCGCCCAGGCCUCAUCUUCCAGAUGGCACCAUAAAGCCAUCCCCGAACCUGGCCUACCCAGGAACAAACAGCCCCUCCCAGGAGGCCACACCCUGCCAGAGACCACAGCAGCACGUUCCCCUUGAAGGAUGCCUCAUGCCUGGGGACAGGUGUGAGGGGCAGCAGUUCAGAACGGGCUCCUCCUUUCUGGGAAGGGGGAGGGAAGCCAGUUUGGGCAGGGAGCUGGGAGAGCUGGGAGGUCUUGAGACCUCGGCCACCGUCUCGCCUUUCUCUUCCUCAUCCUCCUUCCUCUCUCUUUUUUUUUCUUUUUCUGU